CACACACACUAAACGAGACAAGACAUGAUUUAGUGCGUGUGUGUAUAAAAUUACUGUUUUGUAGGCGUAUUUUAAGUUUAUCCAUUGCUGUUCGGUUCUUUACAUUUGUUUGCUUCUUUUAUUCGUUGAAUCGUGUCUCAAAAUUAAGCACGCUGCCGAUGUCAAGCACCUAUUCAUCUCCGCAGUCGCUUUCUCUUCACUCCAUCACACACAUUUUUAACUCAACAUUUCAUCCCUUAUAAUCCCAAUGUUUGGCUGAUUUCUCGUUGAAAAAUUCAAAAUUAUGAUAAUCUAUGUUAUUGGCCAAAUGUUUGGCCUCAAUCCGCGGUGGACAGGACGGAAAUCGGAGCUGAGCAUCUGAAUUCCCUUGAAAAAAAAAUCAGAAAUUUAAUUUCAAGAACGCCGCAGUUUCCCCCUUUUUUCCCCAAAAAUUUCAGGGUUGAAAAUCAUAUUUUUCGCUGGAGCGAGUAAUAGAUGGCAUCUAUUUAUGGAAUUGCCGCAGUGAGCAACCUGGGUUUGACCCACUGCCCCUCUUCGAAAAACUGCGUCUUUCUCGCGACCCAUCAUCAGCCCGACAAGCUGAAGCUCCAAUCUUGCUCAAGAAUCUCAUUAUUCAAGAGAAGAAGCAAUUCUCACGAUUCGGGGUUGUUCAAAUCUGUUCAAUUGGACGUGUACAUCACGAGCGACGACGAGAACGAGAUGGGCGAAGGGUUCUUCGAGGCGAUCGAGGAGCUCGAGCGCAUGGCUCGGGAGCCCUCCGACGUGCUGGAGGAGAUGAACGAUAGGUUAUCGGCCCGCGAAUUGCAGCUGGUGCUGGUGUACUUCGCUCAGGAAGGGAGGGAUUCUUGGUGCGCUUUGGAGGUUUUCGAGUGGCUGAAGAAGGAGAACAAAGUGGAUAAGGAGACGAUGGAGUUGAUGGUGUCGAUAAUGUGCACGUGGGUGAAGAAGUUGAUCGAGGAGAGGAGCAAGGUGGAGGAUGUGGUGGAUCUUUUGGUGGACAUGGACUGCGUUGGUUUGAAGACGAGCUUUAGUAUGAUCGAGAAGGUGAUCUCGUUGUAUUGGGAGGCAGGGGAGAGGGAGGAGGCUGUGUUGUUUGUUAAGGAGGUGUUGAGGAGAGGGAUUUCGAAUUUGGAUGGGGAUAAGGAGGGGAAUAAGGGGGGUCCGGCUGGAUACCUCGCGUGGAAGAUGAUGGAAGAGGGGAACUACAGAGAUGCUGCCAAGUUUGUGAUUCACCUCAGAGAGUGUGGGUUGAAGCCAGAAGUAUACAGCUAUCUAAUCGCGAUGACAGCAGUGGUCAAAGAGCUCAACGAAUUCGCAAAAGCAUUACGAAAGUUGAAAGGCUUCACCAAGUCCGGUCUCAUUGCUGAACUCGAUGCAGACAACGUUCUCCUCAUCGAAAACUACCAAGAAGAUCUUCUGACUUCCGGGCGCCGACUCUCCAACUGGGUAAUCGAGGAGGGGGGUCUGUCACUCCAUGGCGUGGUCCACGAGAGACUUCUGGCUAUGUACGUCUGCGCUGGACGAGGGAGCGAGGCCGAGAGACAGCUGUGGCAAAUGAAGCUUGCCGGUAAGCAGGCUGAUGGGGAUCUGUACGACAUUGUGUUGGCUAUAUGCGCUUCGCAGAAGGAGAGCAGCUCGGUUGGGAGACUCCUCACCCGGAUGGACAUUGCGAGCUCGUUCCAGCGGAAGAAGACUCUGUCGUGGCUGCUGAGAGGCUACAUCAAAGGCGGCCACUUCAAGAACGCGGCGGAGACAGUGGUCAAGAUGCUGGACAUGGGAUUGCAUCCGGAGUUCCUCGACCGAGUUGCGGUGCUGCAGGGGCUGAGCCGGAGAAUUCAGCAGGGUGGAAAUGUUGAUGCCUACCUCGCCCUGUGCAAACGCCUCUCCGAUGCUAGCCUGAUCGGGCCGACUCUCGUCUACCUUCAUGUGAGGAAACACAAGCUUUGGAUCAUCAAGAUGCUUUGAGGGCUGUGUUCGGAUCUCGCGACGGGAAGGUAGUAAGGAUUUAACUGAUCUGAUCUAUAUAUAUAUAUAUAUAUAUGAAUGAGCAUGUAGAGAUUUGUGUAUAGAUCAAAUGUUUUUGGGAACAAAUAUGUUGUAUAUAGAGUAUAAAAUCAUGAAAUUGCAUGUCAUGGAUCUGUUAUAUACUGUUGUUUAUAUAUUUAUUCCUUGUUAUAAAAACAAGGCUGCAUAUAUAAAUAUAUUUUAUUUCCUUACUA